AUGGGAGGUGGUUUGGGAGGGCUGUGUAUCGGUGUUGGUGGCGCUGAUGCUGUUGAUGUGAUGGCUGAUAUUCCUUGGGAGUUAAAAUGUCCUCAGGUAAUCGGUGUGAAAUUGACGGGCAAUUUGUCGGGUUGGACUUCCAGUAAGGACGUCAUCCUUAAAGUGGCUGACAUACUCACUGUGAAAGGUGGAACUGGUGCUAUUGUGGAAUAUUUUGGCCCGGGAAUUGAAUCAAUUUCGGCGACUGGUAUGGGUACCAUAUGCAAUAUGGGAGCUGAAAUAGGUGCAACAACUUCGGUAUUCCCCUUCAACGACAGCAUGGUGCAGUAUUUGAAGGCGACGAAGCGAGAAGCAAUCGCAACUGAAGCACUUAAAUAUAAGGGGAAUUUGAGCGCCGAUAGUGGCGCCGAAUAUGAUAAGUUAAUUGAAAUUGACUUGGACACGUUGGCACCGCAUGUGAACGGGCCAUUCACGCCCGAUCUUGCGCAUCCCAUCAGUUUACUUGGUAAAAAUGCGAAAGCCAAUGGUUGGCCACUGGAAAUAAAAGUUGGUUUGAUUGGUUCCUGUACAAAUAGCUCAUACGAAGAUAUGACGCGCGCUGCAAGUAUUGCAAAACAGGUAUGUUGCACUCAGCACGUAUUGCCUCUAAUUAGUUCAGAAAACCCGUAA